UGAUUGGCCUCCAUCUCACCCUCUCUGCAUGAAAAGUCACAGUAACCUAAGUGAGGAGUUAUGCAUUACUGACUGCCCUGCAAGAGAAGAAACAGAUUGUGCUUAGCCAGAAGACAAACCAACAAUGAACUCCAAACACUCUUAUGUGACACUAAAUGAUGGUCACUUGAUCCCUGCUCUGGGCUUUGGCACCUACACACCUGAAGAGGUUCCCAAGAGUAAGACCUUGGAGGCUACCAAGUUAGCUAUAGAUGCUGGCUUCCGCCAUAUUGACACUGCUUAUGCAUACCAAGUGGAAGAGGAGGUAGGACAGGCCAUUCGAAACAAGAUUGAAGAGGGCACUGUGAAGAGAGAAGACAUAUUCCUCACCUCAAAGCUUUGGUGUACUUUCUUUCGUCCAGAUCUGGUCCAAUCUAGCUUGGAAAGAUCACUGGCAAACCUCAAACUGGACUAUGUUGACCUCUAUCUCAUGCAUUAUCCAGUGCCUAUGAAGCAAGGGGAUGACCUUUUUCCAACUGAUGAACAUGGGAAGUCAAUAUUGGACACAGUGGAUUUCUGUGCCACGUGGGAGGCCAUGGAAAAGUGUAAGGAUGCAGGGUUGGCCAAAUCCAUUGGAGUGUCCAACUUCAAUCACAGGCAGCUGGAGCAAAUCCUGAACAAGCCAGGACUCAAGCACAAACCUGUCUGCAAUCAGGUAGAGUGCCAUCCAUAUCUCAACCAGGGAAAGCUGCUGGAUUUCUGCAAGUCAAAGGAUAUUGUUCUGGUGGCCUAUGGUGCUCUGGGAACUCAAAGAUACAAACGAUGGGUGGACCAGAGCUCCCCAGUACUCUUGAAUGAUCCAGUUCUGGGUGCCUUGGCAAAAAAGUACAAUAGAAGUGCAGCUCUGAUUGCUAUUCGCUACCAGGUGCAAAGAGGGGUUGUGACCCUGGCUCAGAGUUUCAAAGAACAGGAGAUGAAAGAGAAUUUGCAGGUUUUUGGAUUCCAGUUAUCUUUAGAAGACAUGAAAAUGAUAGAUGGCCUGAAUAGAAAUUUCAGAUAUCUUCCCGCUGAGUUCCUUCUUGGUCACCUUAAUUAUCCAUUUUCUGAUGAAUACUGAAAAGGAGGUCUGUGUGAUGUCUUCUGCCUGAAGCUCCUGAGUGCUUCCUGGGAGGCCUUGUGGCUCUGCCCUUGAGAUAUAUCUGUUCCACUCCACUGCUGCUGCUCAGCGGUUACACUCAGCUAAAGCUGAGUCCUGUCCCCUCCUCUCAUCCAUUCAGUCCCCUCCUUCCCCUCCCCCACCGCCUAGAAGAGAAGG